AUGUCAUAUAGUUAUCUAUUCAAAUUCAUUCUAAUUGGUGAAACAGGUAUUGAAAAUGCUUAAAUUCUUAAGGAGUCGGUACUUUAGUUCAUCAAUAAACGAUUUAGACAAAAACAUGAGGUAACUAUUGUUGUUGAAUUUAGAGCAAAACUUAUCGAAUUAGAUGGUUUAAAUAUAUAAUUACAAAUAUGGGAUCUGUAUUAAUAUUGAGUAAAAAUUAGGCUGGCCAAGAAUCCUUUCGAUCAAUAACUCGAUCAUAUUAUAGAUCUACAGCAGGUGUUAUUGUUGUUUAUGAUAUAACAAAAAGGAAAAGUUAUAAAAAUAUGUUUGAAUGAAUGGAAGAAGUGAAAUAAAAUGGAAAUCCUAAAUUAUCUAUACUCUUAGUUAGUAAUAAAGGAGAUUUAGAGUCAGAGUAAUUAUAGUAUUAAAUAUCAAGACACUAAAUAUCAUCUAAUGAGGCACAGUAAUUUGCAACAGAAUGUGGAAUAGAAUUUUUUGAAACCAGUGCUAAAACAGCAAAAAAUGUUAAAGAAAUAUAUAUAAAGAUGGCAUAAAUUAUAUUAGAAAAAAUCAAUUUAGGAUAAAUUGACCCUAAAAUGAAAAUUUUGGAAUUAAAUUAGGUAUUGAAUAAACCACAUAUUCUGAUGGGAAUUAGAAUAUUACUAAUUUAAAAUAACAACAAGAAUAUUAAACUUAUGAAGAAAAGAAAAAAUCAAAUAUUUGUUGUUGAAAAAUUGAUAUUUUUUAAGUAUUAUUAUCAUUAUACGGUACGGUUUUAAUAUAUUUAAUUUAUGUAUUAUUAUAUUAUAAAGUUCAUAAUUAUGAAUAAAGUUGAAAAUUUCAAAGAAGAAAAACAUGAAAUUUCUAAAUCUCAAGUUGCUCCAAUAGAUAUUAUUUAAAUUAUUUAGGAAAAGUACUCAAGAAAAUCAAAUAAAUAUCAAGAGUGUAUAAUUAAACACAAUAUUAGAGAUAAUCAUCAAUGAAAUUCCUGAGUCAUCAAAAAUUAUUGAUUCUACUCUUCAAAAAUAAGAUAGUAAACAAUAAUUAAUAUUUCACAAAGACAUUUAUGCUAGAAGUUUGUAUAAAUAUAAAUUUAGAUUCAUUUAAGAGUGUAGGUUGCAUUUGUAGAAUAUGUGAAUUCCCAGAAUACAAAGAUAAUCCCCUUAUACGUGUAUGUAAAUGUAUAAGAUCUUAAAAAUAUGUUCAUGAAUAUUGUUUGAAAAAACAAAUUAUAAAAAAAUAUCGUAAUAAACUAGAUAAAGCAAAAUGUGAAAUAUGUUCUGAUACUUAUUAAAUGGAACUCAAAAUUGAAAAGAUAUUUGAUCCUGUAAUUAAAAAUUUUACUUUUUAGUAAACAGCAUGGUCUCAAAGCAAAGAUAAAUUACCUUUAUUUUGUUUAUUGGUUUUUUUGAUUGUAAUGAUAGUUGUUGUAAUCUUACUAGGAAUUCGAUUGUAUAAACUUUAUUGUAAUUUAGAAAAGAGGCUAAUUAAAUUACUGAUAGGAAGAACUUUCUAGACUCCCAAUCUUUCUUUAUAAUAUUUAUAGUCUUUGCAAUCAUAACAAUUUUAGUAUUAUUGUGGUUAAUAGCAAUGAUUAUCAAAGGGUUGUUAAUUGUAGAAAAAAUAUUAAAUUGGAGAUUGAUAGAAUAUAAACCAAUGAAAAAAUCAAUUCUUAAUAAAAAUAUUUUAAUCUCAGAUAUCAAGUAAUCCUUUCGUAAAUCUAAAUUAUUUGGAGAAUAACAAACUACAUAAAAUAGAAAAAAUAAACACCUAAAUACAUUUAAUGUUGAAAAAAACAAUUAUGAUUAAGAGGAUCCAUCAAUCGAUGUUGGUGAAAUAUCUACUUAGAGAAAUUAACCAAAAUCUAUUACAAAAAAUGUUCUUACUAUUUAAUCUGAUCCUCGACAAACAAAAAGAAUAAGAUUUUCAAUAAUUUGA